UCUCCGCUCUCCUUUUGUCACUCUAGCUGCCUGCUGCCUCCGCAUCGUAGCUCUAGCUCUCCCUGUGCUAACCGCCAGGCCAGCUCGGAAAGCAGGAGGAUUAACUGGGACCUGCCUUGGUGACCACAUGGCAUCCCCCAGAACCAUAACUAUCGUGGCCCUCUCAGUGGCCCUUGGACUUUUCUUUGUUUUCAUGGGGACUAUCAAGUUGACCCCCAGGCUCAGCAAGGAUGCCUACAGUGAGAUGAAACGUGCUUACAAGAGCUAUGUCAGAGCCCUUCCUCUGCUGAAGAAAAUGGGCAUUAAUUCCAUUCUCCUCCGAAAAAGCAUUGGUGCCCUUGAAGUAGCCUGUGGCAUCGUUAUGACCCUUGUUCCUGGACGUCCCAAAGAUGUGGCCAACUUCUUCCUACUUUUGCUGGUGUUGGCUGUGCUCUUCUUCCACCAGCUGGUCGGUGAUCCCCUCAAGCGCUAUGCCCAUGCUCUGGUGUUUGGAAUUCUACUCACCUGCCGCUUGCUGAUUGCCCGAAAGCCUGAAGAUCGGUCUUCAGAGAAGAAGCCCUUGCCAGAAAAUGCUGAGGAACAGCCCUCCCUGUACGAGAAGGCUCCUCAGGGCAAAGUGAAGGUGUCAUAGGAAAGUGGAAGUGCAAAAUAUGGACCUUCCAGGCAGUUGCCUCUAUGACAGCUGGGAAGAUGUCAAUUUCUGUUUUUAAUUUGGUUUAUUUAUCUUGGGGGGAAAGGGAAAAUAUUAUCUGCAAUUUAAUUGAAUCGUGUACAUCUAUACCCCAAAAUAAUCUCCCCACAUUGACAUUUGUGAACCACUUUUAAUCGCUCUGGGGUGACACUCACGUCUUGCUGCAUGUAUGCAUAUAUGGCUACUAUUGUGAGAUGGACUCCAGCAAGCAUGUGACUGUGAAAUUAUGUGUGGGAAAAAUGAAUUUACCUACUAUGUGUGUGUAUGCACACAUAUAUGUAAAAGGCUCUCAUCUUGAACUAAUCCUGAACAGGUAUCCUUCCCUUUAUAAAUUGAUUCCAGCAAAGGUAGAAUAAAAUAAACCACCUGUAAAGAGAAUUCUACUUCUGGUGUAAAGCAAAUUAUCUAUUUACAUGUGGGAAGGGGAUUCCUCUCUAGGUGAAGCCAAAAACUUAAAUUUAUGACUUCAGGAAAGAACCCCUUUGACUUUAAUCCCUGAGUUAUAUUUAAAAUUAGCCUCUACUUUAACAAUUAAGUUUUUAACAUUCAACGGAGAGUUUAAUUAAAACAAGGACUUCAUCAGGCAUAGUGGCAUAAGCCUUUAAUCCCAGCACCCUGGGAGACUGAAGUGGGAGGAUCGAGAGUUUGAGCCCAAUUUGGACAACCUGGUGACUUAGUGAGAUCAGCUCAAAAUAAAAACAGAAAAGAGCUGAUAAUGAAACUCUGUGAAGGCCCUGAGUUGAGUCUUCAGUACCAAAAUAAAAUAAGGAAUCUAUGCAAUCAGAUAGUCCAACUCUUCAAGUCAUAAAAUAGGAAGUUUCACCUCGAUUGUGUCUGAGCCCAACUGAUUCAGUUCUUUUACUAAUACUAAUUUGAAACUGAAGCAGUAGAUUUGUUUCCAAACAUCUUCAGAUUUUCUUAAGGCUAAAAAUGUCUCAUUUGCACUACUCUCAGUAGCUAACCAGGAUUUGGCCGCUGACCCACUGUUGAGGGAGCAGGGGUUGGCCUUGUUAGAACUCUGAAUCUCAAACACCAUCUCUUCAGAAACCAUCCAUAACUUGAUAGAUGAGCUGUAUCCAGUGUUUCCCUGACAGACAGAUUCACUACUCCUGUUGAUUAUUCACUGAAUUUAGGUAGCGUAAACAGAGUUCAAAUCAUUCUCAUAGUUGUCUCUGUUCCACCUUUUUAUGAUUCCCAUGUGUGGAGUUUAGCUGGAGGAAGGACAUUUGAUAUAGGUUAGUUGGAUUGAGCAGUAUGGAAAUUUGUCUUUUUCAUUACAUACUACUGUUUCUCCUUGUUAAAUAUGCUUUGAGGGUUUUAAAAUUAUUGUGUUAGGGAUGGGAAAGGGACAGAGGGCUAUGUGUGGGGAGAGUACUUAUUGUAUUUUCUUCAGUGUAAUUGUUCUUGGUAAUUGAUAUUUCUCUCAUUCUUUCAAAAUAAAAUUUUUUGAAAUUUGGAGACAA